AAACGGAGGCACAGAGCUUGAGGAGUUUGGCCCAGUGUCACAGAGCUAGUAAAAACGCGGCAGAUCGGGGUGCAGACUCACCCUUCCCAGCGGGAGUUUGUGUUCUUUGCUACCACCGACCUUCAGAGUCUUCCACAACGUCUUGGGCUCUGUUUCGGAGCCUCGGGCGAUAGAGAAAAGCUUCUUGAGCCUCUUAAUACGGCCAGUGUCGUAGGGAUGGGAGAUCCUAACCGCCUGUCUGGACGGACAGGACUGAGGAGGCUCCUUCAGGCAAACCCAGGGUUCUGGACGAUUUCUUGAGCUGUGGCUCUCCUUCCCUCUCUUUCAAGAAGGUAAAGCAAAAUCAAGUGAGCGGAAAGGAGAUUUAUUAGGGGGAAAGCUUGUAUUUUCUGUACGUUCUACAAAAAGUCAGCCCUUCCGUGGUUAAACGUUGCAGGAACAAGUAAGUAGAAACCCACGUUGUCUCUCAGCUCGGUGCCACCUCCCAGGGUCUUAACUGCGGUUGAGAACCGCCGUGCUGGGGGCUGGGGUGCAAGGGAAGGGACACAACAGCCCUGCUUGCCUGAGCACAGUGUAUGGCUACCGGCAGCUCUUCAGCCGCCACGGGCUUGAACCCGUGGCUUGAACCAAACUCUUGGUCGAACACACGCCCCUCUGUCUUCCUGAGACCCUCGAGGGGUUUGUAAAGGAUCUGGUUCCCAUCCCCCCUCCUCCCCCGCUUUGUUGGCCUAGUCUGUGCAGGAGGGAGCUCUAACACGAGCCCUAAGCAAACGGGAGAACAGCUUGCUCACCAUCCCUUAGGCGGAGUGAAGUCAUUCGGGAGGCACUUAAGGUGUUGGACGGGCGUUUAAAAUUUUGUAGGAAUGAGGCAGCAGGUAUCAGAUCAUGCCUUGUAACGAGAUAAGCGAAGAAGACCGUCUCACCGCAAGUGACCAGGCGUGAAUGAGAAGGGCUUUUGCCAAACUGUCAGAUGAUGGAUCUCAGCGAUGCCCGUAGGGGUAGACGGGGUGUAUACACACACGGAUUCCAAAAAACAGCCCGGAAUUAUCCAACCGAACAGAAAAGUCGUCCCAGAUAAAGCAAAGAGAAGUGAGACGGGGCCAGAAACAGCGGCCCCAGCGGCCACGGGGGGCUCUGGUCCUUCAGUACCUCCAGCGGACAGGAAGGCGCCGGCUCCCCGCACAGAGGUCAGCAGAGCGGGGCACGAUGGGAAGGGAGCCGAGAAAAGGACAAAUGACGAUACUUCUCCGAAAGGAGGAGAUGCCAAGCGCAAGAAGUGGAAAGCUAAGGAGGCGACUGUGGCCUUGACUCCGGCCGUGCCCACCGAGGAAGACAUCUGGUUCGAUGACGUCGACCCGGCGGACAUCGAGGCGGCCCUGGGCCCGGAGGCGGCCCGGAUAGCAAGGAAGCGGCUGGGGCAGAGCGAGAGCAGCAUCGCGCUGGUGAAGGAGCAGGCCUUCGGCGGCCUGACUAGAGCCUUAGCCAUGGACUGCGAGAUGGUGGGCGUGGGCCCCAAGGGGGAAGAGAGCGUCGCCGCCCGCGUGUCCAUCGUGAACCAGCAUGGGAAGUGUGUUUACGACAAGUGCAUCAAGCCCACCCAGCCGGUUACGGACUACAGGACGGCGGUCAGCGGGAUACGGCCGGAGAACCUCAAGCAGGGAGAAAACUUCGAAGUUGUUCAGAAGGAGGUGGCGGACAUGCUGAAGGGCCGGAUUCUAGUCGGACACGCGCUGCAUAACGACCUAAAGGUGCUGUUUCUUGAUCACCCAAAAAAGAAGAUUCGGGACACGCAGAAAUACAAACCUUUCAAGAGUCGAGUGAAGAGCGGAAGGCCAUCUCUGAAGCUGCUCGCGGAGAGAAUCCUGGGGGUCCGGGUGCAGCAGGCAGAGCACUGUUCGAUUCAGGAUGCCCAGGUGGCGAUGAGAUUGUAUGUCCUGGUGAAGAAGGAGUGGGAGAGUUUGGCCCAGGACAGGCGCCCCACGGCCCCCACUCCAGACAGCCACAGCACCUCCCGUCCGCAGGCGGUUGUGACCACGCACAAGACAGCUCGGGUCUCCCCGUAGCAGCAGCUCUGCUGAAACAUGUUCACCGUCCUGGCGGCAGGGCGUGGGGGCGGCCGAGAACUGCUUCCUCCCUCUGUGCCAUCCCAGACCUGGCCCUCCUGCUGCGGGCAGGCAGCACGGCGGGGCUCUGUCCUGAAGACUGACGGCAAGUCGGGGGGCGUUCUGCAGUGUGCUGUCCCCACAGCGGGGUGGCAUCUUUGCCGGGGAUUCGCCGGGUCCCAGGAGCCGGGGGCACCCAGCAUCCACUGGGUUUGUAACAUCUUCCUGGGAGGAGGCCAGACCCCUUUCUGUGCCUCGGGUCACAGGUCACGUAAAGAACCCCACCGGACUCACGGGCCGCACCCAGCGUGUGCAGUGAGCUGUGCUCCAGCCCCAAUCCCAAGUUUGCCGCGGCCGCCUUUGGACUUGGAGAGAUUCUCUGAGGGUGCCGAUCCUUUCUCACACCCCCAGCCCCACCCCACAGGUCCACCCGCCAGGUUUCAACUUGGGGUCAGGGCCCGCGGCGCGGCGAGGGAGGCUCAGCUCGUCUGUGUUGGGUGACCCCCCAGAGGCGGGUGUCCCUCCCCGUCUGGGACAGAUGUGCCGAUCCCCAGCUGUGGGGCUGGAGCACCGUGCGGGUCUGUCCCGGGUGUGAGGGUCUUUGAGAAGAGUCGGGAGCCCGGCAUACGGCCCGGCUUUACCAAACCGCCUGACGUGGCACAAGGAAGCCCCGGACCCACUGAGGAGAUUUAACACAGGUGGGCUUUUACUGGAGGCGGAGUGUGGGGAGGUCGCUCUUUCCGCGUUUAGACGGGUCUGAAAGGGCCGCUUUUUCCACAAGGGCCACGCUGACGGGUCCAGGGCCGAGGUCUGUGCGGAGCCUGCUGAAUCGAGCCCCCGGGGCCCCACCGGUGCGCCACGCUGCCCCCCAGGGCGCCUGCAUGAGCGAAGUGGAACCCCCCCCCCCCCACACACACACACAAAACCUAAGGAAAAUGCCGCUCACCGGGCAGCUCCAGGGCCCGACAAGGAAAGGAAGGGCGGGAGAGAAGGUGCGGGGAAGCGGGAGGCCGUGGGGUGUCUGCCUCCUCAGGGCAGAGCCGACUGUCCUCCCGCGGAGCCUGGUGGCGUGCCGGCCUCCAGCCUCAGGAGUACCUUCUCUGCGUAGGAAACCAGCUCCUGGAGAGACAGCCAGUAGGCACCGUGUCUGUGACACUCUUGGGACCUACUCGUAGGUCUUUUUGUGACCGAAUCUGCUCUUCUGUGAAGAGGUCCGAUCGUCCCUGCCCCUUAGGUUUGGGGGGCCCAGAGACACAUGUGAAGUCAAACGGGAAGAGAGUCAUGAAAACUACACACACACAGUGGGUGCUUGGGUGGCUCAGUCGGUUGAGCGUCUGCCUCGGUUUUGGC